AUAAUAUUUGACAAUAAAAUCAGAUGACAGUCAAAAAAUGAAAGUCCGAGUGUAAAAGUGUUAACGAGUUUUUCGCUUAAUUUCAUUGCAAAAUAAUCAGAAAAUUUUAUCUAAUUACCGAUAUAAAAAGAAAUAUUUCCAAAAAUUAUCAAGCCAUAAAAAUAAUUGUAAUAAACAAAUAAAACAAGGCGUUGUUGGUGCUGUUAUUGCAACUUUACGUAUUUAUAAGAAAUCGUUAAAAAAAUAAAUUUUCCUUAAAAACAGUGUUUGUUGAUAAAAAAAUCAACAGAUACUUAAACCCUUUGUGUAUUUGAGUACUCGGGGUGCUUUAAAAAGGCGUUUUUGCUGAAACAAGAAUUCUUCUUUAAUUUUUCAACGAGUUUAAUAAAAUUCGCCACCACGUCGCAGUUUACUUGGCUAUUUAAAUCACAACACGUUUGUGUUUAUAAAGUUAAGAAAAAAUCCUACAGUUCGGUUAAUAUCACUUAAUCUUUGUCGGGCGAAACAACAAACAACAUCCUGUUGAAUUUCAUUCGUACGUAAAACAACUUUAAAACAACUCCUUAAAUCGUAAAUAAGGCUUAAGCUUACGUCACACUAACGCCGCAGUAACGUUAAAAUGCCCGUUCAAUCACCUAUUGAAAUUAGCAACCGUGUCAUCGAACACAUCGAUGACAUUGAUCCCUUGGAGUAUCAUGGCCAUUGGGAGCCGGUAGGUGUGGCUCGUGUCGUCAAUACGGGCACCUCGGCCAUGGUAACGUUUAGUAAACGCAAGGAACAGCCCUAUCUACUGCACGGUUGUUUGGGCAAUGAUAAGUAUAUUUUUGAACAGUUGCAUUUUCAUUGGGCGGAUACCGAUGAAUCGGGCUGUGAACAUACUCUGGAGGGUAUAAAAUAUUCAAUGGAGGCUCAUGCUGUACAUUAUAAUGCCAAGUAUAAGGAUUUCUCAGAAGCUAAAAAUAAACCAGAUGGUUUAGCUGUUGCCGCUUUCUUCAUACAGGCUUGUGGAGAAAAGGAUUGUCCGGAAUUUAAGAAAAUUACCGAAGGUAUUCGUAUUGUACAAAAAAUACAUACCACAGCUUCAGUUGAUUCAGAUUGUCUGUCGUGGAUGGGUUUGCAGGAAUUGAGCAAACAUUAUUAUACAUAUAAAGGAUCUCUAACAACUGCACCUUAUUUUGAGAGUGUUACUUGGAUUAUAUAUCGUACACCUAUAUAUGUUUCAAGAGGACAGGUUCAAGUUUUUCGUAAUCUCCAAUCAUGUCCCAAAGAUGAGACAAAGAAAAUUGUAAAUAAUUAUCGUGAAAUUCAAAAACCGGAUAAAAAUCCUGAAAUUAUCUUCGCUCGCAAUGCUAAACCCAAAUCGAAAUUAUGAUCUAAUCAUACUGAACAUUACAACUUUAACAAUAACAACAAACAAGCUAAUCAUCAUUCUAUAAUCAUAUCUUUAAAUAGUUUCUAAACAAAACAGAAAAACCAACUUUCAAAAUCUUUAAUACUUUAAUACUUCUUUUUUAACUAAACUCGUAAAUAGAAUUAGAAAUUUAUUAAACGUUACCAAGUAGAAUUGAAAAGUAGAAUUUAUCUAAAUAUAAUAAUUAUGAUUACGAUUACAUUUAAUACACAAUUAUUGGUUGUUUUAAGCAAUAUAAAUUUUUAGUUUAUUUUUAAAGAUUAAUCUAUAAUUUAGUUAAGUUAGUUUUUCGUUUUGUUAUGUUUUCUUUAUAUUUUAUUAUUUUGAGUUUUUUCCUCUAUUUUUUCUCAACUGUGGUUCUUUGUUUUAACAGAUGGAAAAUAGAAAAUAUUAUUAUUUUUGGCAUAAACAUCAUAUAAAUGUUUUAAAAAACAAGUGCACUUUACUUAAAAAAGGAAUAAUAAUAAUAAUAAUACAACUACUACUAUUACUAAUAUUUGUUUUUAAAGUAUUUCAAAGAAAUAUUACAAAGUUUACGUUUUGUCUGGCAUGUAUUUAUUAUAAUCAUUUAUUUAUUAAAUAAUAUAAACGAUUUUUUUAUAAAUAAAAUAUUAUUAAUGGAAAGAAAAA